AUGUGUAAUACUAAGAAUAAGCUAUUAGCUAUAUGGAAACAGGAUGAGAGUAACUUGCAAAAUAGAAUAUUGUAUAAUAAGUAUCGAAAUAAAACUAACAAAUAUAUUAAUUACAUAAAAAACAAACAUAUUAAAAGUCAGAUAAUAGCUAAUUUUAAAAACCCAAAAAAAGUUUGGGAUAUUGUGAACAAGUUAUGUGGUAAAUUGACAAAAUCUAUAGAUGAAAUUUUAUUAAAUAAGUUCAAAAUGCCUGCUAAAUUAAUAUCAAAUAAAUUUGCUACAGAACUUCAAAAAAACAUUGAACAAACCUGUACAUCCUGCAGCACUUCUAUUCUUAAAACCAAUACUUAUAUUAAUGAACCGAAUGUAUGUUUUAGAUUGGGAAAAGCAAACCAAUACACUAUAUCCACAAUAAUAAACAAAUUAAAUGAGAAUAAAAGUGCUGGCUGGGAUAAUAUUAGUGCAAAAUACAUAAAACAUGUUAAAGGCAAAAUAACACCUAUUAUUACUCAUUUAAUUAAUCAGUCCAUUGAAACAUGUAAUUAUCCCGACCUAUUAAAAAUAGGUGUUAUUAGGCCUAUACAUAAGAAAGGAAGCUACGACAAUCCAAAUAAUUACCGACCAAUUACUAUUUUAUCUUCCAUUGACAAAGUGAUUGAGAGGUACAUUGGAGAUACUUUAAGCAAAUACCUUGCUCAGAAUAAAAUAAUAAACUGUAAACAAUUUGGAUUUCAAAAAAAUAAAAGUACUUCACAGUUACUUGCAAAGUUUACUAACGAAGUCAACUUGCACCUAAAUGAGAGGAGACAUGUUAUUGCUGUCUUUAUUGAUUUUAGUAAGGCAUUUGAUGUUUUAAAUUAUAAUAUACUUUUUUCAAAAUUAGAACAAAACGGAAUUCAGGGUCCGGCCCUGAAUUGGUUCAAAAACUAUCAUACAAACCGUCAUACAGUAGUAAAGGUCGCAGGUGAAUAUAGUAAUAAAGUAUUUACUUCUCAGGGUACAGCCCAGGGCUCCAUUAUUGGUCCGUCUGAAUACUUGUUAUAUGUGAAUGAUAUGUGUAAUAUCUUUAAAGAUUGUUCCAUUUACCAGUUCGCAGACGACACAUGUCUAAUAACUGCACAUAACAACCUAUUUAAAGCACAAGAAUUGAUGCAACAUAACUAUGAUCAGCUGUGCAAAUGGGCACAUGAUGUUGGGCUGGUAAUCAAUACUCAAAAAACUAAACUGAUGCAUAUACACUCAAGCUACAUAAAAUAUGAUACACAACCCACUAUCAUUGCACAUGAGCACAGCUGUCUGCAUCAGCAAUACACCAAAUGCAACUGUAACCCCCUGGAAAUGGUUGAUCAGCAUAUGUAUUUAGGCCUAAUAAUAGAUAGUAAAUUUAACUGGAGACCUCAUGUUAUUCACAUUUGUAACAAACUAAGAGCAAUACUUUGUAAUUUAACAAUACUUAAGCAUAAAAUUCCUUAUCAAACGUUGAGACUUUUAUAUUUGGCAUUAGCAAAUUCAAUAAUAAACUAUGGACUGAGUAGCUAUGGUAGAACAUUUAAAACUUAUAUACAAGAAAUUUAUAAAAUACAACUAAAAAUCUUAAAGGCAAUAGUUCCUAGCUAUGUUAAGCAACUAUACAGACAUGAUGAUUCAAACUUAUUUAAAUAUUGUAAUACGUUAAAUGUAUAUGAAGAAACUAAAUUGGCAGUCAUAUGUGAGGAGUGGGAACAGUUGAGUAAAUUAAAAAAAUAUAGUAGACCUGUAACCCUACGUAAGUUGAAUAGGUUACCGACAUAUAAGAUUCCAACUUACAAAAAUAUUUAUGGUAAGCGCACAUGGGAAUACCUGCUCCCCUCUUUACUCAACGAACUUCCUCUCACUAUCUUAAAUAUAGUAAAAUAUUAUAAAGUAAAAAUAGCUAAAAGAACACUAAAAGAGUUUCUAAUUAAAUAA